GGUGUUUUUAAUUUGUUCUUCGGUGCCUGUCAGCAAGGAUCGCAUGUUUAUAACUUUAGGUUGUUCAAGAGUUUCUCCAUGAACAACCUAAAUGAUCCUCCACAAUGGAAUAUUAGACCAGAUCCAGGUCCAGAUGAUAGUGGUAGAUGGAAUUACGCCCUGCUGGUGCCCAUGAUUGGGCUUGCAGCAUUUCGUUGGAUAUGGACUCGAGAAUCAGAGAAACAGAUCCAAGAUGCGAAAGCCAAGUAUGAUAGCGACAUGGCAGCUAUCACCAGACAGUUGGAGAUGAAGUACAGGGACACCCUGACGGAAAACCGUCGGACGGCGGCGCAUCUGGAGUUGGAGCUUGAGAAGGAACGCCACCGCGUGGAGGGCUACAGGAAAGCACUGAUCUCUCAAAGUCAGCAGGUCAUGGAAGAACGAAAGCAGCUUCAGGAGGAACGGCAGCAGUUGGAGCAGGAGAAAAAUCAGCUGCUGGAGUCCGGUGUGGCCGGGGCAGCGUUGCGAACGGCCUUGCACAGAGAAAAAGAGUGGCAGCGAAAGGCUCAAGCUUUGCUGCGGGAACUGGAAAUACAAUUAGUGGAAAGGCAGGACGCUUUCUGCAGCAUCUUUUUGCCACGGGAACAUCGUCUGGAGAUGGAGAAGAACCUGCUGGUGAAAGUGGCAACAGACCCUGUGGGUGCCGAGCUGAAUUUAGAAGAUGAUCUCAGGGACAUUUUUAAGAAGGACACACACUGUGCAUAUUUGUUAAACACGGAUAAACAUAAAAAUGGAAAUUUGAUGUGGUUGUAUCUCAGGUACUGGCAACUGCAGGUCACCCUGCAGAAACACAGGAGAGCGGAGGAGGCGCUUAAAGGAGCUCCAACAAACUUGGGCAAAUUCUUUGACAAUCAUUUCAGAAAAUGAACACUUCUAUUUUGGUCACACAAAAAAAACUUAUCUUUAUGCUUCUUUUAUUUGUUUGGAUCACAGUUCUUACAACCCUACACAUUGGCUACAUUAUAGAUGAAUAAAAAUGAAUUGUUUAUGGAGUUGUUAGUUCAACGUAAGCCAUUAUGUACCACACAUUAUUGAAGAUGUAAACAUAAUUAUUCGCUGUUACUGGCAUGUGCAAUAAAUACUUAUCUGAAAUAAAAAAGAAAUUACAUUUUAAAUAAAUCAAAA